AUGGAUUUGGAAAAGAGAUAUGAUUUGAUUCUCCAAGUGGCUGUCAAGGAAGAUUUGAAGCCAGAGCAGAUGAUCAAGAAGCUGUUUGUGUUCACCUACUGCAUACCCUCAAGAUUUUAUGAUAGCUGCGCUUGGGAGACUAAAUAUGGGGCCAUACAGAGAAUGUUUAAGGACAAUGGGUACGCUGAUGAUGCCGUGCCACAUAUUCUGUUUUGGGAUAUAUCCAACUGGAAUUCGCCAUCGAUUUAUUUGCCUUUGAUUGAUUCGCCUCGUCCAGGGGUGACUCUGUUGGGUGGCUGGUCCAACAAUUUGGUCAAGUCCUUGUUGGACAAUGGCGGGGAUUUUCGCCGCACCAUCUCAUGGAAGCAGCCAUCGCUAACAAAGAGUAUCAAACUCUUGCUGUGGUCGACUGACUCACUUUCUCCCAUGAUCUGA